GAGAAAGGCCAUGUUCAGUUCUAGCGCAACGAUUGUGAAGCCCAAUGGUGAAAAGCCAGAUGAAUUCGAGUCUGGCAUUUCCCAGGCUCUCCUGGAGUUGGAGACGUACUCUGAUUUAAAAGCUCAGCUGAGAGACUUGAACAUCACAACAGCUAAGGAAAUUGAAGUAGGGGGUGGUAGAAAAGCAAUCACAAUCUUUGUACCAGUUCCUCAGCUGAAAUCUUUCCAGAAGAUCCAGGUCCGAUUAGUUCGUGAGCUGGAGAAAAAAUUCAGCGGCAAGCAUGUGGUGUUCAUUGCUCAGAGAAGAAUUUUGCGCAAACCAACAAGGAAAAGCCAAAAAAACAAGCAAAAGCGUCCCAGGAGCCGCACAUUUACUGCAGUGCAUGAUGCCAUUCUCAAAGAUCUGGUCUUCCCUAGUGAAAACGACAUGAGAUUCCGCGUGAAACUAGACGGCAGCAGACUCAUAAAGGUCCAUUUGGACAAAGCACAACAGAAUAAUGUUGAACACAAGGUGGAAACAUUUUCUGGUAUCUACAAGAAGCUCACUGGCAAAGAUGUUAUUUUUGAGUUCCCAGAAUUCCAGCUGUAAAGUGCAAGAAUGACUGAAUAAACAGUUUAAUUGUUAAAAAACAAAACAAAACAAAAAAAACCCUAUU